AUGGCUGGGCUCGUGAUCAAUAUUUUUGUUGGAAUUGGUGUUACCUGGGCCGCCGCUUUUCUGGCACUCAUCGGCCGCUUCAUCGCACGCCGCAUGACGAAACAAUCAUGGUCUUAUGAAGAUUACUUUUGCAUCUCAGCCCUCUUUUUUGGGAGUGUCUAUUCCUCCAUCCUCAUUGACUGGACCGUCGACUGGUCGUUGGGACAAUAUAUCCCCGAUUCUACCAGUCAUGCGGAAAGGGAAAAGAUACUUGAAUACUCGAGAAAGCUCGCCUUCUUCGCCUCAUUAUCGUACGCGUUUUCGAUUUCCUCGUCCAAGCUGACAAUUCUGAGCUUCUAUUGGCGUAUUUUUCAACAUACCGUAAUCCGCAUUCCUAUCAUUGUCAUGCUGGUGCUCGUGAUGGCCUGGAUUAUCCUACGAACCUUCAUGGUGAUUUUUCGAUGUUCCCCGGUACCGGCAUAUUGGGACAAGACAAUCCCCGGCGGCUCGUGUCAGAUCGCAGACGCGAGUUUCUUUUUUGGGACUGUUUUCCCACAUUUUGUGAUGGAUAUCGUUAUCCUCAUCUUGCCAGUAAUACCGGUCUUUAAUCUCCAACUGCCGGUUGGGCAGAAAGUCGCUGUUGUUGGUCUGUUCGCAAUCGGUUCAAUUGUAUGCAUCGCGUCCAUAUUUGUGUUGGUUGAAUCAAUUCACUCCAACCCAACUUCAACUCAGGUUCCUCACGACUACGCGCUGAAUUAUCUAUGGGGAGCUGUUGAGCUUAACAUGGCUGUUGUAUCAGCAUGCUUCCCACUGCUCCGACCUCUCUUCCGCUACGCGUUCGGGAACCGCAUUCUUCAUGGCUAUGGCGAAACCAAUAUUACAAGCCGCCGCUUAAGUUUUGUUAUACCUGGCCAUGAACUGCCAGGACUGAGAGCUCCUCGAUUGCCCAGGAGGGCCCUAUACACCAACGAAACAAGUUCGACUCGACAACUAGCCGACGAGGAGAGUGCUGCGUCCGAAAUCACAGACCUGGAACCUUCGUCUGUCAAAGGGCCGGAGCCGGUCCACACAACCAUCACGAGCCAGCACAACAACCCUUCCCCCUGGAAUCCAGGUGAGCUGGAACGGGGAAUACUUGUCCAGAAUGAUGUGACAAUCCAAGUGAAGCAUGCGAGGCCCACUGUGUGA